UUCUUAGGAGAGUGAUUGCCUCUGCUCUCAUCAAUUCCCCGGCGUCCCGGAGUUAGAAAGUCUCACACAGACUGUCUAAAACAGCAACUUCUAGUUGUCAUUGUUUCCUAUCAAGUGGCUUAGCAACAAUGGAGCAACACAGAAGCGCAUCAGGGGCAGAGAAGUUUAGAAGUUCUGUUCGCGUUGUCCCAAUUCUCCCAACAACGCCUACCGAGCCCAAGUUACAAGCAGCGACUAAUGAGGGCACAGCGCCUUUUGAUGCCAUUGACGUGCCGCAAAGUGAGGUCAUCCGAGGCAUGUUCGCGGGCCGCUACUGGGGCGCCCUCGCCAGGUGCACAUCUCCGGAGCAAGUAAAGGAGCGGCUAAAGUACAUUUGGGGCACGCUCGCGCUCAUCAGCGCCCUCUUCUCGGCGCUCACCAUGCCGACGGUCACCUCUGCCCCCGGGCCCGAUGACGCCACCGACGCGCGCGUGCAGGCCUACGUUGUGCUGUUCUUCAGCUCCCUGAUCCUGUCGUUCGUGGUCAUCAUGACGACCAUGGGCAUGAUGGCCACCCUGGACUACUUGGCCACACCCGAGGACAUCCUGGCUUACGUGGACAACUUUGCCUGGUACUCGGAAGCCAUCUAUGUGGCGUUUGUGGGGUCGUUCCUGUCCAUGCUAGCGGGCGUGCUAAUCUACGCACACUACAAGUACCCGCCCAAGAUCUUUUACGUCAUCAUGUGCAUCUACGUGGGGUUGGCGGUUGUCAACACAUACGCCGCCCUACGAGUGGACUACUGGGCUCGCAACCGCAUCUCACGCCGCGGCGUCGUCAUGAAGCACUUGGCUCGGACAGCCACCAAUAAAGCCGCCGACAAGAGCGGCAGCAGCGGCAGCGAUAACAGCAAUAGCACUAGUGACAAGAGCAAAGGCAUGUCGUUGUCAUGAAAGCGAGUGAGUAGCACAGGCGGUGGGUGUGGGUGUGGCGGCGGUGGGUGUGGCGGCGGUGUGACGGCGGUGAGGCGGUGACGGUUUAACUCCACGGCCUGACCUGUGGACCGUCUAGGGACUGGCGUCGACAAACUCUGAGGGGUCCAUUUUACUAUCUAGAUUGAUAAUUUAUUCAGAGCUUGCCGCAAGCAUGCAAGGUGUGCAUUCUGGACAAGGAAGUUUUCUAUAAACUUGAUUGAUUGGCGGGGGUUUCGGCCUUUCGGAAGCAUGCCAUGACGGCUGUCGGGAGGACCCCCAAGUGGAUCCCAACGCCGAACGCAGCACAACGUGAUGCAUGCAGUCUUGCAGUGCCACAGUAAGCGCAUAUGAAGCAAGGCAAAUCCAUUCCUGUGUCGUGGCUGGGACGCGUUGUCAUGAAAGCCAGUGAGUAGCAAAGGCGGUGGGGGUGGGGGUGGGGGUGCAGUGGCCAUUACAGUGUGUUGACGGCGGUGACGAUUUCAUUUUCAUCUCCAUGGCCUGGCCUCCGGGCCGCUUUGGGGCAGCUGCUGGCCUCGACAGAUUCUGAAGGGCCCAGGGGUUUUAAGGUGCGCAUGCCUAGCAGCUGUAGAACUGGACGCAAGCGUUAGGAUGUUGCAUGCACGCCUGGACGGGGCCUUCUAUGAGGAAGGGGCGGAAGCGUGACAUGUAUGAUAUGAGCUGUUGGGAGGACCCCCAAGUGGAUGCUCACGCUGAACGCAGCAAAACGUGAUGCAUACAUUCUUGCAGUGCUGUAGUUACAAGUAAGCGCAUGCGAAGCAAGUGAACUCCCUUCUUGCGUCGUGGCUGGGACGCGUGUCGGCAGCAGAUGUGCACGGGCAAUGCCAGGGUCCCCAAGCUGAAUCUCGGGAACGCGGGAUUGUUGAUGCUGUUUACUGAGGGACAUGACCAAGCGUGAAUCGCUGUCCGUGCGCGAAGUGGGGCGGGCCGGGACACAUCUCCAAGGGACGGAAUCCCGCGCGUGUCAAAGUCGUGUGGAUUCUGUGGAUUCUGUGGACGGCACAGCCUGGUAGAGCCUGUCAAAGCCUCAAGGGGACUCUGCCCCCGCCCCCCCCCCCGCCAA